UUCUAAGAAAAAAAAAGCCCUUCUCACCUGUUGCGUGGUUUCCCCAAGUCGGUCUCGCCGAUGGAUCGAUUCCGGCCUCUCAGGCGGAUCCAGGUGGAGCCCGAGCGCGCUGACCCGCCCCCUCCCCCGCCGGCGGUGGCAAUCGGCGGAGCGGCGGAAAUGGUUCCGGCGCCCGCGGCCGGGAUGCUCAUGGGUGCCAAGGUGCGGCGCCGCGCGGCCGUCUACCGCGACUGCAUGGGCGACUACAUCGGCGUGCACAACGACCCGUGCCUGGCCAAGAUCCUCGCCAAGCAAGGGGAUAACAAAGUUCUGUUUGCGGACAAGGUGUUGAAGUUCACUCAAUCAGGAAAGAUGAAAAGGCGCAUCCUUGUGAUCACAGACUUUGCUCUCUACCUUGUCGACCCUGAUGCUGAUAUAUUGAAGAGAAGAAUAGCACUUGCAGCUGUUGAUAAGCUAUGUAUAAGCAAGCUCAGUGAUAACUUCUUCGCAAUCAUUGUGCCGACCGAGUAUGAUUGUUUAAUGGCCAGCACUAGAAAGAAGGAAAUUGUUGAUGUUAUAGUUAAGGCUAUCCAGAGCACAUCUGAGUAUGAACCUGAGGUGGCUUCCUCUAACAGGUUUGAGUACCAUGCUGCUGCCGAAGUGAUUAAAGAAGUUGAAUUUGAAGAAGCUGAUGGACGCGUCAAAACUAGGAUCACCCUCAAGGAGAAGCCAUGAUUCAGAAUCAUUUCGCUAGCUCCCUGUACAAUGUAUAGCUCUUGUAAUCUCGGUGGAUUCUCACAUUCACUUUGUGCGGCAAAGUUGAAAGAUACACACUAUUCUUUUGUUGUGUACUGCAUUCUAUUUUCUUGCUUUUGUACGUGGAAGAAGUGACCUGCCAUUUUGAGGACCCAUGAUCGAAUCUGUGGAAUCUUGUUGUUAUCAUGACACUUUAUACUGCUCUGGAUUUUCUCUUUCU